GUGGAAUACUGCUAAUACUAAAAUGUUUAGCGAGGUGUUUCACCAGUUUAUUUUUCUAUAAGUUAUAGCUUCAGUUCCUAUGAAGUGAUUUCAGAUCAUCAGCGAACUGUAGCUCCAGACUGACACUGAAGGGAGUAGAUACAGGACCUUCACUUCAGUAACAUAUCAACAAAGACUUGGUAAGCCAACUCAUGUUAAGUUUUGAUGCAUGAUGCUUAGAAUCCUAACUGAAAUGAAAAAUUUUGGUAAAUACCUGAAAGCAACUCAUCACGUCUAUUUUCAAACGUCGUUUCUAAGAUGAGUAAUGAACCGAAUCAUAAUUACAAAUCGAGUGACACUGUCUUGCUCUUUAAGGCUAAGGUCUUCCCGGAUGUCCCUCGCAAAAAAUUUUGUGGUAGCCUAACAAAAUUUAGGAGUGAAUAAAGGGGUAGGUUUCUAGAGAAACUGUGGUGCUGCGUCGGUGGGAGAGUAUAGCAGGUAAUCUAGUGUUAAUAACUGGGUUGAAAACGUAAAUUAGCCACCGUAAAGGGUAAAAAAGCUGACGUUUCGAGCGUUAGCCCUUCGUCAGAGCGAAACGUCAGCUUUUUUACCCUUUACGGUGGCUAAUUUACGUUUUCAACCCAGUUGUUAACACUAAAUUACCUGUUAAAAUUUAGGAGUGCCUCAUUAUUCCAGAUUUCAUGACAAAAUUCUUUUGAUUACAUAUUGAUAACUGGUAUUCACGAGAAAACUAUGAUAUGUUCUUUUUUCAAAUUAAUAACAGGAAUCGCAUGUAGAAUAAUUUAUUCAAAUCCUGCAUGUAAGCGCUAAACAAUUUGUCAAAUUUUUAGCACUUUUAAUAAUAACCUCUCUUAAGUACUGAAGUACCUCCUCUCUGCGUUGUUACCUGAAAACUUUAUUUUUCUUUGCUUAUCAGAAGGAGGAAAAUUUUUCAUGGAUAUAUUUUGUCAACUAAAUUUCACUUGAUCUAAAAGGCGAUUUGAUUACUCUGUACCAUGGUAUGCCAGCAGCAGUAAUUUCCAGUUGUCAUUUAAUAACGGUAAUCUACAGUUAGUAAUUUAAGAUAUAUUUUGUGAGUAAGUAAUGAGAGUAAUUCGUUUUUUUAAUUUUUAUUUUAGUAACUUCCUGUUGAACAUUAAAUGUUCUUGUGAUGUCGGGACAAUUAAAGGUAGGAUAUCAAACAACUGCUGCUGCAGCCAAGUUGUUUCGUUCACUCUGGUGUAAUUUCAUUUAUAGAAACUUCACUUUUAUUAGUGCAUCCCUGCCAACUCUCUCACUUCAGGAACAAAUUGCAUUCUUGCAGAUAUGAAACUUAUGAUUGUAUAGCAGUAUUACUGGUAUUUAGCGAGCAGGAGAUCAAUGUGGAAAAAAAUCACAGGAGAGUAAAAUAAGUUCACAUCAGUUUAAGAUUAAAAGUCCGUAAAGACGAUUAUAGCAAGUUUUUCUUCUUGGAUGAUCAAAGCUGAGAAAAAAUAUGUUCUAGGUCUCAUGUUUCGCAUUUUUUUAGGUAAUAAAUGAUCAUAUACAUGUAAGUUGGUUAGAGUUGGAUUAUUUAAAGUUUGCCUUGUCAUGCAAAACCAAAGUCUGAAUAUCUGAAGAGGAAAAACUUGUGUAUAACAUUUUUUGUGUGAUAUAAAAAAGUUACAGAUGCAGGUCACUCCUUAAAGUAUGAGAUUACACAGUUGUAUCACACUAACUCUGAUAUCCACAACAAUUGUUCUUUACUGUCUCAUGGAAAUUUUGUGCAACUUUUGUUUAUAAGUUUAUUGAGUUUGUGAAGUUACUAAAUGAAUUGAAAAUUAAGAAUUAAGUGCCUUUCAAAAAAAAACAUUCAUAAGUGAGUUUUAUUAUUUCUAUAACUCUAAUUGAAUUUCCUAAAUCACAAGAAUCUUGUGUUUACAGGAUGACACUGGGGAAAGAAAACUGAGAGUAACCCUUUUGAGUACUGAAUGGAAAGCUUCAAGCAAUGGAGACUUGACAACCAUCAACAGAGAGCUAGCAAUACAGAUGGCUAAACAUCCCAAUGUGGAAGUCAGUGUCUUC